AUGACUAAAAUAUGUUCCUCACAACUUGCACUUAUCUGGUUGAUCACGCCUCUUUUCACGCCUCUUCUCACGCCUCUUCUCACGCCUCUUCUCACGCUUCUUCUCACGCCUCUUCUCACGCCUCUUCUCACGCCUCUUCUCACGCCUCUUCUCACGCCUCUUCUCACGCCUCUUCUCACGCCUCUUCUCACGCCUCUUCUCACGCCUCUUCUCACGCCUCGUCUCACGCCUCUUCUCACGCCACUUCUCACGCCACUUCUCACGCCUCUUCUCACGCCUCUUCUCACGCCUCUUCUCACGCCUCUUCUCACGCCUCUUCUCACGCCUCUUCUCACGCCUCGUCUCACGCCUCUUCUCACGCCACUUCUCACGCCACUUCUCACGCCUCUUCUCACGCCUCUUCUCACGCCUCUUCUCACGCCUCUUCUCACGCCUCUUCUCACGCCUCUUCUCACGCCUCGUCUCACGCCUCUUCUCACGCCACUUCUCACGCCACUUCUCACGCCUCUUCUCACGCCUCUUCUCACGCCUCUUCUCACGCCUCUUCUCACGCCUCUUCUCACGCCUCUUCUCACGCCUUUUCUCACGCCUCUUCUCACGCCUCGUCUCACGCCUCUUCUCACGCCACUUCUCACGCCACUUCUCACGCCUCUUCUCACGCCUCUUCUCACGCCUCUUCUCACGCCUCUUCUCACGCCUCUUCUCACGCCUCUUCUCACGCCUCUUCUCACGCCACUUCUCACGCCACUUCUCACGCCUCUUCUCACGCCUCUUCUCACGCCUCUUCUCACGCCUCUUCUCACGCCUCUUCUCACGCCUCUACUCACGCCUCUUCUCACGCCUCUUCUCACGCCACUUCUCACGCCUCUUCUCACGCCUCUUCUCACGCCUCUUCUCACGCCUCUUCUCACGCCUCUUCUCACGCCUCUUCUCACGCCUCUUCUCACGCCUAUUCUCACGCCUCGCCUCACGCCUCUUCUCACGCCACUUCUCACGCCUCUUCUCACGCCUCCGGUGACCGACAACUAG